AUGAACCCCUCCCAACCGCGCCAACGCGUCCGCUCCCUCCUCCCCCACCUCCAUCUCGGCUUCCACGCUCCGGGCCCCCUCAACUCCCUGACCGACGUUCCCGGCGUCCUCGUGCACACCAGCUCCAUUCACCGGCCGGCAGGCCACAACCCGUCACGCCCCGCCUCCGUAAUCAACACGGGCGUCACCACCAUCCUCCCGCGCCGCGCCUGGUUCGACUCGGCCUGCUACGCCGCCAUCUUCAGCUUCAACGGCUCCGGCGAACUCACCGGCAGCCACUGGAUCAACGAGACCGGCCUGCUCAACAGCCCCGUCGUGCUGACCAACAGCUUCUCGGUCGGGUCCUGCUACGAGGGCAUCUACCGCUACGCCGCGCGCGAAUACGCCGACAAACACACCGGCCUCGCCGAUUUCUUCCUGGUGCCGGUUGUGGGCGAGACCUACGAUGGCUUCAUGAACGACAUUGCCGCCAUGGCCGUGACGCCGGACAUGGUGGUGAAAGGCAUCGAGGCCGCGAGCGCCGAUGCCGUGCCGGAGGGGAACACCGGCGGCGGCACGGGCAUGCUGACCAUGGGCUUCAAAGCCGGGACGGGCAGCGCCAGUCGCGUCGUACGAGGUAUCGUCCGCGGCGAGAAGCGCGAUUUCACCGUAGGCGCCCUCGUCCAGUCCAACUUUGGCAAGAUGCAGGACUUGCAUUUCGGCAGCGUACCCGUGGGGCGGAUCUUUGAGGAGCAGGACCGGCAGAAGAAGGAGCAAGAGCAAAAUCAAAGCCAACCCUUGCCCGAGCGCAAGAAAGAUGGCUCCAUCAUCGUCAUCCUCGCGACCGACGCCCCGCUCCACCCCACGCAGCUGGGCCGGCUCGUCAAGCGCGCCACCGUCGGCCUCUCGCGCGCCGGCGGCUUCGGCUCCAACUCGUCGGGCGACAUUUUCCUCGCCUUCUCCACCGCCAGCGAGGUUCCCCGGGAGCCGCCCACGGACGCCGGCAUGAGCACGUGGGACGCGCGGCUGACGGCACGGGUGGAGCAGAGUGUCGACGUGGUGCAGGACACGACCAUCAAUGGCCUGUUUGAGGCGGCGGCCGAGGUCGUGCACGAGGCGAUUCUGAAUGCCAUGUGCAUGGCCGAGGGGAUGGAGGGGCCGGAGGGCCAGAGGAUGGAGGCGAUUGAUUUGGAGAGGGUGAGGGCCGUGGUGGAGGGGUAUGGGGCGGGGAGGUGA